GUCCAUGUUGAAUUCUUUAAAAUUUCCAGCCUUGGUUUGAUCUUGAAGUUGAAUCUACAUUUGCUUUCAAAACCAUGGUCGUCCGUUUAUGCCACUUCAAGUCUCAAUUAGGUCUCUACCUUCGUGUCACUGAAGACUUGGUGCACGGGGUACGCUUUAAGGACGUCGAUCAAUACAGUGAGUAAGAAAUUUGAUCCUACCAGUUACAAAUACAUAAUAGCUUUGUUUGGAAAGUAUUGUAAUCGGAGAAUGAACUAAACGUAAUUUGAUCAAGGGCGCUGUUUAUAUGAGAUGAGCCGCACUGACUUGGCCUCCCACGCGGGCGUUUUUAGGGGAGCUCGUUUUUAAACGUGAUCUACACUGACUCGGCUCGUACCUUAUUUCCUCGUAAAAGUUUCGUUGUGUUUCUAUGAGAAAGCGGGCUUGCCCACUUGCCGUGAUCUCGAUGCAAAUAAUCAUGGAAGCAGGCUACCUUGUCCGUUGUUAUAGGCCUCCUAAACAGAAAUUCGAUCUAAUAGCUUAUAACAUGAAUUCCAUUCGCAAAAGUAAGCCACAGGGAGCAAUUUAAAUUGGUGAAAUCGAAAUUAUUUGGAUCAAUCCUAAGUCAACAUUAACACUUACCUCUCACUAAGAGCAAAAUGUUGGGUUAGGGGAGGGGUAGGUGGGCAGUUUUCCAGAAACCUAAAUUGAUCUAAUUAUUUACCGGCUGGUCCUUAUUUUUUCGUGGUUUUGAACGAUGUUGCAAUUAAAUUGCAUAUCCACCUAUCUCAGAGGUCGUGAGGUGAAAGCGGUUUCUGGGAAGAAACCAACGCCCAUGUAUAGAUGAUGUCAACAACAACACUGAAGGUAGCUGAUUUUAAGCUGAAAAAUGUUAAUUUGAAGUCUAUCAACUUCUUCAUCAUCUGUCCGAUUUUAUCUAAAUUCUCCAUCUUGAAAAUUCAAAUCUCAUUUAUUUUUGGGUACUUUUCCUUGAGCAUUCAUGUGGGGCGCGGGAGUUCUAGUCCCUUAAAUAUUACAUUGAAAGCCUUCAAUGAUCGAAUCGACUGAAAAAUUACUCCUUUAACGUCAAUUUACGAACAGAAACACUUGAAAAAAAUUUUGCUAAAAGAUGGUCUUACGAGUGAAGCGAAGGGACACCUAUUUAAUUUUGUCCACGGAACAAACAGCAAUACAUGUAGAAUAGUAGUGAUUUAACGGCUAGUACAAAAUCUUCAUUUUCAUACCCAAUUUCAGUUUUUCCGAAAGUGAAUUAUGUAAUUAAAAUUAAUUCAACCCUCACGUACACGGAAAUUCAUACCACCGCCGUGAUACAAAGAGGGGGUGGAUGGACUCCCCCCCCCCCUGCUACAGUUUUUGAAAUAUUGCAGUAUUUUAAAACGAUUUUACCUUCAGUGGAAAGUCUUUGAUCUUGUUAACAAGAUAAGGUAUAUUGGCGCUGCUAGAGGGCUGUGACGUCACCAACAAUGGUGUACGCCCCUUGUACGUCCGCGGCUUAAGUGAUCAAUGUUGCAUGAAGCAAAAGCUAUGAAUUUAUAUAGUAGAAAUUUUCCCUACGAGUAUGUCAGACUUCAUCGAUCAGUUACACUUAUUGUACCGGAAUGAAUGAAUAAACAACUUUAUCAACGUAUCAAAAUCUUCUAGCUGGCCACAAGUAGCCUACUAAUCGGGACACCUUCAAUUCAACCGGUACUUAAUUUCAAUUAGUUAAUAAAGUCAAGAGUGUAUGCCCUUCGAUCAGGGCUUCGAUUCAUCCUUUCCUACAAUGGCCUACACGGGGAAACUCCGCCCAGCCGAAAGGGGUUCCUUCAUACAGCACUCUUGUCCUAAUAAAGUACAGUGGUUGUGAAGCUAGUUAGACGUCUUCGUUAUAUAAGUUCUUGCUAGCUUUUCAAGGCUUGACCGUACGAAUCGUUCAAUAGUAUUCCCAUCCAUUUUAAAGUUGCUGACCGAAAAAAGGCGCAUUUUAAUUCAAGAUUCAAUCUUAAAGGGGCUGUGUCACGGCAGUUCAGUUCAUUUUGUUUAAUUUUGCCAAUUGCUCGCCCUCAAUCGUUAUUGAACUAAAGUAAGCAAAGAAAUUACAUGUCAAUGACAAAAUCAGAGAUCUGAGACAAACAAAUAUGCAUAUGUCUCCUGAGCAUUAUUUUUGAAGUUGCAAGCAGCAGGCCGCGAUCAACUUUGAAAAACUGUUAGGCUUAACAGUUUUCAAAAAUCAUAAUUUCAAUCCGUUUCAAUAAGUUUUGCCCAUCCGUGGCAUCUGCUGUUUCUGUUAUGUUAUUUUAACCUUCCUUUAAAGUUAUUUUCAUGUUUCUUUUAAUUUAACAGGCAUUUUGUAAUUUCCUAAUUUGGCUGAAUUUCGUGACACAGCUCCUUUAAUUUGUGAACAAAACCGCUCAAAGUGAUUCUGCAACAUAACGGAGCUCCCGACAUCAAAUGCAGCACCGUGGACGGUUUUAUCGAGCUUUGAUAUGCGAUGUUUGCUGUGCCAGUUUUAAUGACGAGCAGUUUCCUUCACCAACGUUGUUCAGUAUUGAAUGACCCGGGUAUCUUCAUUGUUUAGAAUCAGUUUUGCUUUAAAAAAAAUCACCAGGGCGAGGAAGUGGGUGGGAAGAUGCGAGUGCUGCUUUUUCUCUAGGUGAACCAUGGCCUCAAGCUUUUCUAAAGUAUAACUUCUGAUAUCGCUUGUCAUUUGAUUUAGAUUUACUACAUUUCGACAAAGAUAUGUAAAUAUUGCUUUAAGCGUUGUCACGAGGCAACUCAUGUCUUUCAUUUUACGGCUCAAAUAUAGGAUCCGGUUCCUUGCGGAAAAGAAAUAAAAUGAGUGCUGUUUUGUUUCGUUACGCUCCUCUCAGCAAUUUCUGCUUCCGGGAAAAGCCCUGAGAACAAACAAAAAGAUAACAAUAGAACAACAAAAACCAACAACAAAAGCAAGUAAAAAAAAAGGAAUGCCAAUUUAUUUCUUGACCUUUUCUUCAGAUGUUAUAACUGAAGGAGACCCUAUCGGUGGAUUUAGUUGCAGAGUAAGGGCGUAUAGUAUUCGCAUUUGGCUGUUAAAAGCUUAGAAACAUUAAAAAAUCAGCGCGCAAAAGAAGGCUGUAAGCGGGUGUGUUAUGAGAAAUUUUUGUUCCACGUAUUUCAUUUUCGAAUCAUUUUAUAUUAUUUGUUGCUUUUCUUACAGCUGAGAUUGAGAUGCGUAGUGACGUUGCCGCCGGUGUGGUUACGCUGAAAGGGAAAGUCUCCAAUAGAUAUAUUGCAAUGAGUACAACUGGCUCAUUGUACACCACAGUAAGUGUGGCAGCAGGAUAAGAACCUGGAAGGGGGGAGGGGGUACUCCCUGUAAUGGGCUAUACAGGGAGGUACCUUUUUCAGGCUUCAGGUAUAUUAAAGGGUAGGGGUUUUACUUGUCGUUGAAAUAUAUGAAAGGGUAGUUAAAUCUCAGCCGUAUGGCCGUAGUGGAGAUGUACCUUCUCUGUCAAAAAGGGCAUGUAACAGGGUAAGGGCCUGGGACUAAGGGGUUUACCUGUGGAAAAUGAAUUAUUGACUAUAACUUCGGCAUAGAUGAUAGCGCUAAAUUAAAAUUUGGCACACAUAAAGAACUCAUUGUCCUUAACAUUUUAAAGUCUUUUGUGUUAGUAAGUCACGUGAUGUAUCACGUGACCAUUUUGCUAAAAAUCGUAAAUUAUUGACCAACUGGUGGCCAGUUUAAGAAAAGAAAUCGAGCAAAAACAUUUUUCCAUUUUAUAUUAAAUAUAUCUAACACUUCACGUUUGGAAUGACCGUCCAUUGCAGUUCAAUAAUAAAUUAUGAGUGAAAACGUCAAUUUAAAUGUCUAAAUUUAAUCUUGAAUUGUUUAAAACUUCAAAUUUAAACUUCGCGUACAUUCAUUCCAAACGUAGAAAGUUAGGUAUGUUGAUUCUCUUUCAGAAAUGCCAAUUUGUUUUCCCAACAAAGUAAAAUUCGCCACCAAUUCGCAAAUUUUCUUCAUUUUAAAUUUUUGGUCACGUGACAUGUCACGUGAUCAUAAUUAAAUUUUAAGGCACAAGAAAACCUCAAGAUUUAGUUUUGAGGAAAAAUUCAUGUUGUUCUAGUUCUCCUACGUAAAUCUUUGUUGAGUACCCCCCUGGGUCCCAGCUUAAACUUUGCGUUACUCCUUGAGCUAGCCUAUGGUCGUUACCUCACCAUAUCAGAAUUCUAUGCUUUCGUGGGGUGGAAGGCAAUUUGCCCAGACACAACACGUUUGAUACAUCUCUGCGUUCUGAUUGGUGGAAGCUUAGAUUUGGUUCUUCCCUUGGGAUUCGGAUACCCGAAAUGGUGUUUGACAUGUUUGACGAUAGACAAACACUUUCAGCUUACGUUUAAAAAAUUCGUUUUUGUUAUUGUAGCCUGCGAAAACACCCGUUUCUCCUCGCUGUUCGCCGCUGGGGACGUUUCGCGAGGAGGAACGUCUGCGACUCAGCGACAUAAAUUCCAUACUGAUGACGCAAAUCAAUGUUUACAUAAUGAAUCCGGUAGUCAUGGGGUUUCAAAUAUAAAUUUGUCCAAUUUUGCGUGUCUUCUGGUCGAUUUUGGUGAAGUGUUGUGUUCAUCUGCCAACGAGCUCCAGCAAGACUCAAAUGCUUCUUCUAGAGAAGACUAUAUUCCACAAAUAUUGACUAUUUUGUUAGAGAUAAUUCGCGUUUACAUUUGACCUUUGUGGCCUUUUGUCUUUUGUCUGUCAUUCGUAAACAAUAGCUAAAACAAUGUAACUACUCCGUCGACCAAUCAGCGCUUCUGACCGGAUUCGGGACAGAGUUUACGUCAUCAGUAUGGAAUUUAUGUCGCUGAGUCGCAGACGUUCCUCCUCGCGAAACGUCCCUAGCGGCGAACAGCGAGGAGAAACGGAUGUUUUCGGAGGCUAUUGCUGUUGAAUCCAAACAACAAACUCAAUCAAAUCCUGAAACAAACAGACGAAAGAUACGUCUGAUCGCAGGUUACCUAUGAGCCGAAUUUGAAGCAACAAUUUAUAUGCAUAUGCAUGAAAACUUGAGGCAUUUUUUACACUUCAUAGAAUGGCUUUUAUUUCGCUCUAUUUUAUAGUCAUACCGGAGAAGUCUAUUGUUUAUGCUUAAAACACCAUUUUCGGCUGCGUAGCUUACUUAUUACUAUACACUGACAAAAGUUCCACUAGUUCGUUAUCCACCACCAUAAGUUGACGGUAUAUAUAGGCAUGACUGUGCACGAUUUUACCCUCUCUUGAAAUUCAAACCUCUUCUUUUCUUCUUUUUUCAGACUGAGAUAUGCCAAGAUUGUUUCUUCAUAGAAAACUAUAAGGAAGAAUAUAAUUCUUACCAAUCCAAAGUCAACCCUUCUUGGUAUUUAGCGCUUAGACGCUCUGGUCAAGCCAAGUAUGGCCCUAAAACCAACCCAAGACAGAGAGCCGUGAAUUUUUUAAUAAAGGGAUUACAGAGAUAGAAUUGUCUGUCAUUCGUGCAUUAUUUGGCAAAACCAAGGAUAUCAACAAACUCCAUGAGUUUCAUAG